GCUAUCAGGCGCUUCCGGCAAUUACUUUGCCACACGCCAAAUGGCGCCCUUGACAACCCUCAUACGCCCCGCCCCCGCAUUUCCUGAUUUGACAGCAUCCCCGGCCGCUGAUUGGCUCUUAUACCCAGUUGGCAUGGUGACAAGGCCUGGCAGGCUAGUGUGCGAGUGUGCGUCCCUGAGGGUUGGGCCUGGUACACAAGCCUGUGAGACAGGGUGGGGCUUGCCUAUCAGGUGUGUGUGAGAGGUCACGGGAAGCCGCUGCCUGCCCCUCCUCGGCCGAAUCUGUCGCUCUCCCCAGAGCCAAGGGCGCCCCACCCUCACUCUCCCGGGACCCUUUCCUACCGCCUAUCCCUGCUGCCUGACCGAGCGCUCAUUUCCGCCCGGACUUCCACUUCCCUUAACCGGAUCUCGGACCCGGGUUCCCGGCACCAUGUCCGCGGGAGGAGACUUCGGGAACCCGCUGAGGAAAUUCAAACUUGUCUUCCUGGGGGAGCAGAGCGUUGGGAAGACUUCUUUAAUAACCAGGUUCAUGUAUGACAGCUUUGACAACACAUACCAGGCAACAAUUGGAAUUGACUUCUUAUCCAAAACAAUGUACCUAGAGGAUCGAACAAUCAGACUGCAGCUCUGGGAUACCGCGGGGCAGGAACGCUUCCGCAGCCUGAUCCCCAGUUACAUCCGCGAUUCCGCAGCCGCCGUAGUAGUUUACGAUAUAACAAAUGUAAACUCAUUCCAGCAAACCACGAAAUGGAUCGAUGACGUGCGAACAGAGCGGGGGAGCGACGUGAUCAUUAUGUUAGUGGGAAAUAAAACCGACCUGGCAGAUAAAAGACAAGUGUCCAUUGAGGAAGGAGAGCGGAAAGCCAAGGAGCUGAACGUAAUGUUUAUUGAAACGAGUGCAAAGGCCGGCUACAAUGUAAAGCAGCUCUUCCGACGCGUGGCCGCUGCCCUGCCUGGGAUGGAAAGCUCACAGGACAAGAGCAGAGAAGACAUGAUUGAUAUCAAACUGGAAAAGCCUCCAGAACAGCCAGUGUCGGAAGGGGGCUGCUCCUGUUAAUGCCCCAUCCCUCCGCCGGACUCCCACCAUGAUCCUCCCUCCGGGACAUCACUGCUCCUGUCGUGCCCCCCCCCCCCCAAACCUUACUACUUUAUAAAAACAAAAGCAGUGUAAAUAUCGGCCUCCCCCCCCGUCCCCCCCAGCCCCUUGGCUCCGCCCCCGACUGUCUUGUGGACCUAUGAACGAUCAGCUUCACGGGCUUGUUAAUAUAUACGCAGUGUCUCCAUUAUUUAAGCGACACGGAAACGGUAUGCUUUGUUGUUAAUCAUCUCCAGAACAAACUGCGGGAACCUCUGCAACAUAGGAUGAUACCGAGUAUCUCUGCAUGCUUUCUAUGCGCCAAGCUCUCCCCCCCUCGGGAAUAAUUCAUGGCACUACGGGCAUUGAUCACUUUAGCGCGGUGCGAGGUUUUUAAUGUGCUUAAAUAGAUCUACUACCCCCCCUCCUACAGCCCCGCCCACUGCGGCUUCACCCACCCACCGGCCUGCGGAGAUUAGUGUAGGAUAUGUAGUCACCGACAGAAAAGCAUUAUGAUGUGGUCAUACUCUGUACUGUUUUAUAUUGCAGCAUUUCAUUGUAUAUGGGGUGUGAACUGCUGCUUGACAUAGUUAUCUUUUUAUUAACGUUUCCUUUUUUUUUUUUUUUAUUUUAAAUAAAGUAUAAAUAAUGCACUUUG